AAAAACAGACAUACCCCAAACAAAGUAAAGAAAGAAGCUAUAGGACAAUGCUGAUACCUAUUAGGAUUUUAAGCUUACUAGUACUUCUAAUCUUAAUUGCUCAACAUCUCCCAAACACUAGUUCUUACCAAGGCGGAAAAUUUGCAACCAAAAGAUGCAAUUCAGCACCAAAAAGAGAGACCUUGGCAAAUAAUGCUGGAGAAAAUGAAGCAGCUGUGAUAAGAGGAAACAAAAGGACCAGACCCCAAAUGGCAUAUGCAGAGAAAUUCACCAAAGAAAAAAAUAAUAUUGUAGCAAGCAAGCAAGAAAUGUUGGAUUUAAAUGUAAAAGGUGAACAAAUUAUGAGCAGACGUCCACUCACCCACCAAGAUAAUGCUGGAUAUGUUGCAUUUACAGCAGAUUAUAAAUCACCUAGGCACCACCCACCAAGGCACAAUUGAGAACACUACUAGAAAAUCACUAAUUUUGGACGUUUUGUCAGGAUUUGACUCGCCGCCGCGAAAAAGCCAUCGCAAAUGUUACGACGAGUCAAAUUCCGUCGGAAAUUAGUGAUUUUCUGGUAAUGGAAUGAGAAGUGCCAAUCAAAUAUCGAUGGUUCAAGUACUUUUGCAUCUUAUUUAUCUUAGUCUUCACUUUACUAUAUAUCUUUUUCCUUGUAACUUUGUAUUAUAAGGUUAAUUUUAAGUAUGUAUGGUUACUGAACUUUAUCGACCUUGAAAUUAAUGCCUUUGUAUUUAGUGAUCGUUUUGAUGUGCUCGUAUGCAACAAUUACGAACGUCGAGCAAUGAUGAGUAUAUGCUCAUAAUUCUACAUACUCCGAUGUUCACUCAGAUGUUCACGUUUUGCAGUUCAUAAACCUGUUUGAUAUAUGGUGGAUUAAUAUAUAAGUCCUGAAAUAUUAAUGUAAUUAUUAUGUAUCCAUCAAGACUUCUAGUUGUUGUCUUACUGAGUGUUAGGUAAUAGCAAUCGAACAUCCAUAUAAAUAAUAAAAUUCUAUUGAAAAGGUGUUUAUUGGUCUCACCAUGCACAUUUAGGGAUGACACACCCUGAAGAAUAUUAGUCAUUUUGGGUGGUUCUCUCUACAACCAUAUUGAAAUUGAUUAGCUUUUUUUUUUUUAAAAAAAAAAAAUUUAUUUAUGAAGCAAUGGGUGCUUAUACAUUUGAGGAAUAGCUUGUGGUAAUUAAUAUAUUACUAGUUGAUACGAUUUAAGGUAACUCAACAUUCAAGUAAUGACGGUGAUAGAAAUAUGCCAUAAGAAAUCUGAAAAAUAACACAUGAGAGAUCUA